AGACGCUUCUGUACACACCCUUUUAACGCGGAAUGGUGGACGUGCACAAUUAUGAUACAAGUCCCUAUAAAAUAAUGCAAGGGUGCUCCAUCGUAUGAGACCAUAAGUAAGAUGCAGUAUUUGGACAUGUUCCUCAAGGAAUCGCUACGACUACACCCUAUCGCUCCAUUUGGGCCAGGGAGAACAGCCCAAGAAUCCAGCACAGUGAUGGGUGUUCACAUUCCCAAAGGCAUGAAAGUCCGCUGUGACGUUUACAGUAUCCACAUGGAUCCCGAGCACUGGGGACCCCCAGACCCCAGCCUCUUCUGUCCUGAACGGUUCACGGCAGAAAGAGUUGCUAAGCGUCACCCUAUGGCCUGGCUUCCAUUUGGGGCAGGCCCCAGAAACUGCAUUGGUAUGAGGUUCGCCCUGAUGGAGGCCAAGAUGACCUUGGCUUGUCUCGUGAAGAAGUUCAGCGUUGAGACCUGUGCUGAGACGCAGAUUCCGUUGGUUCACGUGGCCAGGUGCACAGUGCAGCCGGAGAAAGCUGUCACCGUGCGUCUUACAAGGCGGCAUGUGGUGGUCAAUAAUACUGAAGAAUAGACAUAGUAGUGGAACGU